UUCCCCAGUGAGCGCCUCUGGCUGCGUCUGCAACUGUCCGCAUCCACAUACAUCAACACAAGUCAAUCUCACCAUCACUGCUCAUAUACUUCCGGCUUCAGGCUUCAGCAUUACCUAGUCAUUUCUCCCUCUAUCUCAAGCUACCUACGAAUAAUACCUUGACCAACGAGACCGCACCUCGACCGCCCUCUCUCAUUUGUCCGCCAUCUUCUCCAAAACAAGCCCGACGUCAACAAGCCCACUUCCUUGCAUUCAUCGCGAACAAAGAAACAGGAAACACAUGCCUCACGAACACUCUCCCUUUAUGUAAUCUCAAUUCUAUUCUUACGACUCGUCUCUAUGGGCUUCAUACCAUUGCUCAGAACAAGGCCUCCGCUAUUUCCCAAUCCCGUGGUACGGCGAUCACAGACGAGAGAGACUUCAACGCCUGAUGGUCGCGGUAUAGGCUCAGGCUGUGGUAGAAGAUGAGCGCAUUCGUGCGAGUGACUGGUCGCCCCAACACAAACUUCCUCGUUGGGUACCCCGGUAUCUCUGCCACCUUGCCGCGCAUCGAAGGUACUGUCGAGUUGCGCCCCGGUGUCGGCAUAUCUAGCCCCGUGAACAUUUCCGUUGUUACCAUUGCCCUUCAACGGCGAGAGAGCAUCCAUCCACAUGCAGAUUCGGUAGCAAAGAAGCAUCUGGCUGCGCCCAGGAAAGAGUCGACGGAAACGGUAGGAAAGGAGAUGUUAUUGUUUCGAUGUCCGGCCAACAGAGAAUUUGAAGAGAUCAUGUACAUGGACUUGCCGUUCGUCAUAUUUGUACCUUUUGGUCGAGGAGGACAAGAGACAGCCCGCAGAGUACCACCCGCCAGCCUACAGUUAUCGCGGAGGACGGCCGAGACAUUUUACGAGAUGGUGGUGACGGUAGGGUAUGGCUCAGGAGAUCGCAAACAAUACGCUUUCCCAGUCCCGAUAUCUCGGUACGACACGUUGUCUACGUUUGGGAUGUACAAUCGACCCGAAUCUGCAGAACGAGUAUCAGACCAUUUGGUGACACUGGGCAUCUCUCUACCAAGGUGGUCCUAUGGGCCCCUGGACCCAGUCAGUGUCUACAUCAAACUAUCCCCCAAUCCGGACUGGCUGAGCAAGGCGCGGAAAGUGACCAUCCGGAAAAUUGAGAUUGGAAUCGAUGAGGAGGUCAUAUACAAUCAUGAAGGAGACGAACCGCAAAGGAAAACGAAGAACCUGGUACGCAAAACCGAGACGGUGGGUGUGAAGAUGCCGGAAGCUGGCUACUUUACCAACCUUGGCCUGGUAUUUCCCUCGAACGAUCUCCGCGACUCCGACGGCAUCAUGCCUCGUGGGCGAGCAGCAUUCCCACAGUAUGCAGUGAUGGGCUUUACGACAACGGCAGGUUUGUACAAGGUUGAAUACUACCUGACCAUCAAGGCCUCAAUGAACGGUGCCAAGGAUAUCGUUCUACGGCAGCCCAUCGUUGUCUGUCCGUACGAUCACGCCAUGUGUAAGGCCGAGAUGGAAGCCAUCGAACAAGCCGCAAGAGAUGCUUCGCACGUCAACGCGGAAAAUCCAAUGUUACCACUUGCCACGAUCGUACGUGCCUCGGACCCGAACGCCAUGAGCUGCAUCGGUGUAGCUCUGGUAGGGUCGGUUAAGAAACCAUUGAUCGAAUGAGACGAGACACAUUCCUCUCCUUUUUUUUCCGCCGCCGACGACUUCUUCUUUUUCUUCUCGAAAGACACGACCAGGUCUCCCCAUAGCAGAAGCAACCACUUUUUUUGGUGCGUCUUGUCAUGCGCUUGUUGUCUAUUGCCGCUACCUUUGUGCAAGGCGUUGGGUUUUUUGGGGAUCGCGGCGACUACGGAGUACGGGCAAGGUACGUACUUGUUGUAGCUGAGGGCAUCAUCUGCCUUGGCCCUUGGGCCUGAGCACUAUCAUGAAGCGACGUCUGGAUGCAAGGAAUUGGCUUUUUCCUCCUCUUUUUGAGAUUACAGAGAGAAAGCGAGAACCUUGGGUACCGUAUUACCACCACACAACAGGACACACAC